AAUAAAAAGUUGACGCGUGUGCAAACUGGUAUAUAUGUAUAUACCAUGAAUUGGCACUGAUCUAGCCAUCAAAUUGAAAUCAGCAGUAAAAGCCACAACACAAUUGGCUUUGCCCAAAAUUUUAUAUCGAUUUUUAUACAUUGCUAGCAACAAGGACAGCACCAUAACACUGCAUAGAAGGGAUCGAGGCCAGCACCAUGGAAACCAGCCGUAUUGGCUCGCUGUUGGCAUUGCUGUUAUCAUUAAACCUGCUGUUGGGCACUGCCAAGGGCGCAGUCAACGAGAGCAUUGCACUCCGGCCCCAGCAGCACUACAAGCAUCCAGUCAAUGGCACUCUCAACCACAGCCCAAGUGCCUUGCAGUUUGAGGAACAGAACCUGCUGGCAAGUCCAUCCACAGCAACUAAAAUAGAUUCGCCUCAUGACACACACUUGGCUCGCACCUCUGUCAUUUUCGGGCUUACGAAAGUGGCCAAUGAGAGCAAUGUCAAUGCACUAUGUCUGGCCCAAUUGCGUCAUGUCCAGCGUGGAAUUCUUGGCAAGCAGCCGUGGGCCAUGAAGGUGCUCGAUGCAUCUGGAACGAAGCCAUCCGGCUUUGUAUAUGGACAGAACUACUGGUUGGGUAGUCGUGAGGCUUGUCGGGACGUGCAGCGCCGGGUGGGCAUAACGCUCUCCAAGAACUACGAGCGGGUCAUGCACUACGGAAUUAUCACACAGCGAGCACCUUUCGACAUGGACUAUAGAGUCGUUUAUCUGCGCCAUAAUUCGCCCUGGCAGGUGGAGAUAAAGCUGAUGUCGGAGCAAAUCAUACAUAUUGGACUGUGCCUGCCCAGUGCCUGUGCAUCUGGCGAGAUCAAGCAGGUGGCCAGAGAGUAUGUGGCGCAUGGAAUGUUCACCGAGAACGACAUCUUCGACAUACGCCCCGAGGUGGUGUAUAUGAAGGAUCUGCAGCUGCGCGACUCCUUCUACCAACGCCCAAGCUUUCGGCUCGUCGUCGGCUGUUUGCUGACCACCUGUGCCUUAAUGCUCUGUGCCCAACAGCUGGCCGGCGCCAAAAAGCUGUCCACCGGCGACGCUGCAGAUCUGGUCACCACUGAAUCGGAGAUGUGGCGCGCACUUCAUUCGCUCCUUCAGUGGCGGCGCUUGAAGGCCUUUGUCGGCUGCUACGAUGUGCCCACGAACUGGGCUAAAAUUUUUGCCAUACGUGAGAACAAUUCCACCGAGAUACCGCUGAUGAACGGACUGCGUUCCGUGUGCGCCAUUUGGAUAAUGAUUUUUCAUGUCGUUUGGUUCAUGUACUUCACGGUACACAACAAAACGGUUCUGAUCUCGUAUGCGGAGAAGGCAUUCUUUCAAUAUGUCAGCUCUGCUCCCCUGCUCGUGGAUGUGUUCUUUACCAUCAGUGGCUUUCUUCAGACCUACAACUUUAUGAGAAAUGCGGCACAAUUGGAAGUGAUUCGUGGAAAUGGGCUGCGCCAGAAUGUGAAGCUCUUUGGCAAGCUGUUGUUCCAUCGAUACCUCAGAUUGGGGCCGCUAUAUCUCGUCGUCAUGGGCACUGUGGACUUAAUAUAUGCCUUCAUUGGAGACGUCUCUAUUUAUCAUAUCAACGAGCGUUUCGAUGAAAUGUGUGCCCAGCACUGGUGGCGCAAUCUCCUCUUCAUUCAGAAUCUCUUCGAUCACCGCGACAUGUGUGCGAAUUGGAGCUGGUCGCUGGCUUGUGAAAUGCAGUUCUUCAUAUUGGCCAACAUAUUACUAUUUCUAUAUGUGAAACACCCCAAGCUGGCCAAAGCGAUGGUGGUCACGGGAUUUGGAGCCACGAUCGCGUGGACAUAUGGCAUUGGCAUAAGCAUCAAUUUUGAGCUCUCCUUUGAUGCGGCCUUUGCGACUGGCACGGAGAUCUACACCAGUCCGUUUGUGCGCGUGAUGCCCUACAUUAUGGGUGCCAUUAGCGCCUGGUGCCUGCUCCAGAAACGUCUGCAGUGCGCCUUGAGUGAGCAGCAGGAUCGUUGGCUUUGGCAUAUAUCCUUGCUGAUCUUCUUCCUGUGCAUCUACUCGACCAUCAAGCGUGAUUUGAGCUCCCUACUGGCCAUCUCGCUGUUUGUGGGCGGACGCUUCGCCUUCUCCUUGAGCGUCUGCUGGAUGAUUGUGGGCAGUGCCACGGGUCGUGGAGUGUGGUGGUCCCGUCUCCUGGAGGCGAAGGGAUUCCAGCACUUGAGUCGCCUAUCGUAUGCCAUUUACUUGCUCAAUCCGCUGAUCAUUGCCUUCUUCUACAGCUUGACAAGCGCCAGCACGCAUGCGGACCCAUUCAUGCUGUGCGUCGUCACAUGCGGAUUUGCUGUCAUCGUCUACUUGGCCUCCAUUUUCUUCUCCCUGGCCUUCGAAGUGCCCUACAGCAACCUGUCGAGUCUGCUGCUGAGGCGAGGGAUCCGAUCAAAAACCGCCUAAUGAUGCUAGUUAUAUUUUAUUUUUGUACAUACAUACAAGUAUAUAGGUUAGGAAUAGAACGCAUCUCCAUUUGUAUUGUGAUUGAUAGCAUUCCAUGUACAAGUCAUUUUAAUCUGUUUAAAUAUGUUUAAGUGCUAAAAUCGAGCGGCCGCUGUGCCCAAGUCAUCUAUCUAGUUGUAGUACGCCAGUGGCCACCAUAUUGAUUAUGAAAUAAUAAAGCAAAGCCGUCUGCGCCGAAGCCAUAUACCCUUCACUCUACUUGCAACAAAA